AUGAACAGCAUCCAGCUAAAUGAGUUCAGCCAUAACGGGUUUACCUUAACCGAGCCAGAAAUCUUGGAGAUCAUUUGUGAAAACCAUGCUCCUGAAAACCAUCCCAAGUUUGACGUCCGUUCUCUUUUCUUCAUCACUGAAAACAUCAUCAAGCAUUCGACACAUACCUCAAUCGUAUCGAAAAGUGAUAACUUCGUCUCCCCACUAUGUCAUGUGAGGAUGUACGUGAAAAUAGUGCCCAAAACCACAACCCUAGGAAUAUUUGGAAAGCUAACCAAGUAUUCAUGGGAAGCGAAAGCAGUGCUGGCCCUAGCAGCCUUUGCUAUGGAAUAUGGAAAUUCCUGGCUCCUUUCCCAGCUUUACCCCCAAUCUGACCAGCUUACCACUGCACUCGCAAUCCUUAAUCGCGUUCCACUCCUUCUCAAUUCCACCGCAAAUUUUAAGAAACAGCAGGGAACAGUUGUUGAGCUCAACAAAACAAUCGAUGCGACGCUGCAAGUGAUUAAGUGCAUCCUUAAGCUAGACGAACUUUCUGCACAUAUUGAUCCAAACCAUGCAUCAUUGAAGAGUGCAAAAAAUGAUGUCCCAAUAAAUACAUAUUGGUCAAUCUUAACCAUCGUAUCUGUGAGUACCUUUGAGGAUGCGUCCUUUGGAUGA